AUGCCCCCUCGUCCCAGUCACCAUCGCUCCAAGUCGGUCCACUGGGCCACCCUCCCCUCUUCAUCGUCGAGCAGCAGCAACACCAGCAGCAGCAGCAGCAGCGCCACCGCCGCCGCCAGCACCUUGCAAGGUUCUAUGACAGCAGGCAGGAGCGUCGCCGCCACCCUCCCUCCGCGUCCCGCCACCUCGCCCGGACAGCGCACCACCCGUCCCCGCACAAAGUCGCUACCCCUCUCCGCCUUUGGCCCGCCCCGCUUCUUUGCCGAGCUCGAGCAACACAUGCAGACCGCCAUCAUCAACCCCGCGGCCACGCUCAGCCGCCGCGCAUCGCUCCAGCGCGACCCCGGCGCGAUGCCCAGUCGUCCCCCGACCAGGGAGCGCGCCAGGUCGGUCUCAAUGGCUGCCUACGAGGGCGCAGAGCAGACAUCGGCUCAUCAAGCCGACGCAAGAAGCAACGAGAGGGCUACCACCAACAACGACGCCGCCUCGCUCCCCUCGCCCUCGCCCCACCUCGACGGUGGCGCCCCGGACAGCGACGAGACCAUCCUCGGCCGCAUCCAGGACAGCUUCUCGCGCGCCAGCCAGGACGAGUGCCGAACAGAACUCCACGCCGAGGAAGACGAAGACGAGGACCUGCGCCAACGCCCCACAGGCCAGGACGUCGACGCAGACCAAGUCGCACCGCCCAGCCCGAACACAUCGCUGGAUCGAAUCGACACCGGGCUGGGCAUCGCUACAAGUCGCGACGCUGACCUCGACGGCAGCCAGUGGCAGUGCACGUCGAUGGCUGCACAGACCACCGGCCCUCACACACGCUCCUCGCUCAGCGAGAUCAAUCCGCACCCUCACACAUUUGCAGCGGACGCCACUGCGUUGGCCUCGGAGUCCUUUGGCGCCAGGUCCAACGGCUUCCGCCAAGGCGAGCUCGACGGCGAGUCCGAGGGCGACACCGUCUCGCCCAUGAGCACCUGGACGCCCCUCGACGAAGAGGGCCCUGGCGACGACGCCUGGUCGCUGCCCACGACGCCCGACUCGGACCACGCGGUGCUCGAGCUGGCCGCCUCUGACGUCGUCUCGGGUCUGGGCAAGGUCAAGCUGCUCGACCUGAGGCUGAGCGAUCCGGAUCCCGGCGAGCGCGUCGACGUUGGCUGA